AAAUUUUGAGAUAUGUUAAUAAUAAAGGGUUCCUUUGCUGCGACCCGUUGUUGGAUUACCGGACCAUGGAGUUAGCAGUAGCACAAAGCUUCCCCCAAACCCAAACACACUCUCCAUCUCCAUUCCCGCACCCCUACUACCCAAGCUUUCCCCCUCCCAAUUCACUCCCCACCGCCUUCCGCCACCGCACAGUUCCCCUUAAACUCCACCGCUCAUUGCCGCUGCUCAAAUCCCACCGCUCCCACACACGCAGCCCCCAAACCACCACCAAUUCCGCAUCCACCCAAUACGAAGACGACGACGGAAUCCCGAUCGAACACGUGAAAACUCUUGUGAAAUUCAAGUCCCGUCACAACUACAUCAGGGUCCUCCAAGUUUCCAGAGCAGCAGACCACCCUCUAGCGGGCUCCAGACUCCUCUUGCUCGACGCCCCCGGCAACAUCCACAGCAUUUCCUACCUCUUCAAAUCUCUCACCAACGCCUACUUCGACGUUUUCGCUACCUUGCCUCCUAUUCUCCCCCCCGGGCCCCUAGGUGUACUCGGGUUCGGAGCCGGGUCGUCCGCCAGAAUCAUCCUCGAACUGUAUCCGCAGACUGUGAUCCACGGGUGGGAGCUCGACCCUUCUGUUAUUUCAGUCGCGAGAGAGUAUUUCGGGCUCGAGAAGCUUGAGAAAAAAUACCCAGAUAGGCUCUUCAUCCACACGGGCAACGCGUUAAAUUCGAGCGUAAAAGAUGGGUUCGCCGGCAUUCUGAUUGAUCUGUUCAGUAAAGGGUGCGUGAUCCCGGAGCUCCAGGACGCAGCAACAUGGGAGAAAUUGAAGAAGAGUUUGAGGGACGGCGGGAGAAUGAUGGUGAAUGUGGGCGGGAGCUGUGUGGAGCCUGAGGAUAUAAGAAAAGAUGGAAGUGUGAUCAUGGAGGAGACUUUGAAGGCAAUGCACAAGGUUUUUCCGGGGGAGGUGUUUGUGUUGAGCCUUGAGAAUAGGAAGGACGACAGCUCUGUUGCUCUGACGGGUGAAUUGCCGGAAGCUAAUGAGUGGAAGAAGGCGCUGAAAAGGCCUUUGAAGUUCUAUGUCGAUAUGUGGGAGCCGUAUAAAUGAUUCAAAUUGCGUUGAUUAUUCAUCAACUUCGCUUUGUGAAAUUCUUGCUGUUGCGCGCAUGUAAAGUGUUCGAUGAUAUGCUUCAUAAACAGACAGCUUAUCAUUUUCUUCGUUUGGCAUGAUAAACAUAAAUUAAAGCACUCUUCAGAAAUAAUACUGUGGAUUUGGAUUUG